CCCGCAGACGGAGCGGAGCGGCGGCGGCGGCGCGGCGCAGGGUGCGGGGCGGCAUGGCCACCACCGCGCAGUACCUGCCGCGGGGCCCCGGCGGCGGAGCUGGGGGCACGGGACCGCUUAUGCACCCAGACGCCGCGGCGGCAGCGGCGGCGGCGGCAGCCGCCGAGCGGCUGCACGCUGGGGCCGCGUACCGCGAAGUGCAGAAGCUGAUGCACCACGAGUGGCUGGGCGCGGGCGCGGGCCACCCCGUGGGCCUGGCGCACCCCCAGUGGCUACCCGCGGGAGGCGGCGGCGGCGGCGACUGGGCUGGGGGCCCUCACCUGGAACACGGCAAGGCGGGAGGCGGCGGCACCGGCCGAGCCGACGACGGUGGCGGCGGCGGUGGUGGAGGUUUCCACGCGCGCCUGGUGCACCAGGGGGCGGCCCACGCGGGCGCGGCAUGGGCGCAAGGCGGUACGGCUCACCACUUGGGCCCGGCCAUGUCACCGUCACCGGGGGCCGGCGGGGGUCACCAGCCCCAGCCGCUCGGGCUGUAUGCUCAGGCGGCCUACCCAGGGGGCGGCGGUGGUGGUCUGGCUGGAAUGUUGGCGGCGGGAGGCGGUGGCGCGGGGCCGGGCUUGCACCACGCGCUGCACGAGGACGGCCACGAGGCACAGCUGGAGCCGUCGCCUCCGCCGCACCUGGGCGCCCACGGACACCCACACGGACAUGCACAUGCGGGCGGCCUGCACGCGGCGGCGGCACACCUGCACCCGGGCGCGGGUGGCGGCGGCUCGUCAGUGGGCGAGCACUCAGACGAGGACGCACCCAGUUCGGACGACCUGGAGCAGUUCGCCAAGCAGUUCAAGCAGCGGCGCAUCAAGCUAGGCUUCACGCAGGCCGACGUGGGGCUGGCGCUAGGCACGCUAUACGGUAACGUGUUCUCGCAGACCACCAUCUGCCGUUUCGAGGCCCUGCAGCUGAGCUUCAAGAACAUGUGCAAGCUCAAGCCGCUGCUCAACAAGUGGCUGGAGGAGACCGACUCGUCCAGCGGCAGCCCCACCAACCUGGACAAGAUCGCGGCGCAGGGCCGCAAGCGCAAAAAGCGCACUUCCAUUGAGGUGGGGGUCAAAGGCGCUCUCGAGAGCCACUUUCUCAAGUGCCCCAAGCCCUCGGCGCACGAGAUCACGGGCCUGGCCGACAGCUUGCAGCUGGAGAAGGAGGUGGUGCGCGUCUGGUUCUGCAACCGGCGGCAGAAGGAGAAGCGCAUGACCCCCGCGGCUGGUGCGGGCCACCCGCCCAUGGACGACGUAUACGCACCUGGCGAGCUGGGGCCGGGCGGGGGCGGUGCGUCGCCACCCUCGGCGCCCCCGCCACCCCCGCCGGCCGCCCUGCACCACCACCACCACCACACACUGCCCGGCUCGGUGCAGUGACCCCGCGGGCCGGGCCCCCGCCGGCGCGCGGCAAGGCGCCGCGCGGCCUCAACUCUUUUUUUGUUCGGUUGCUUUGGAUUUUACAAAAAGCCCAGAAACUUUCGAACAAAAACCAAACACCCGGACAGCCCUCUCCAGCUAGCGGCGAAGACGGCUGAUAGGCUGCGUUCCCAAGCCCAGAGAGAGAGGAGCAAAGAUCCGGAACGCGCCAACUCACCCAGGGCAUCCUGCCCGCCGCCUGCUCCCUGCCCCCAUCCCCUCGACGACCCCCGCCCCUGCCCUCCCCCGGGCUGUUCGGGGCCGGAUCCCGGCAGCGGCCUCCCCACAGCGACAGCUCCAGCUCGGUUCCCGGCCACGCCAGAAGGGUCUGCGCGCCCACACACUCCGAUGGCAAGCGGCUUCUGCCCCGCUGCAGAUGACCACCGCACGGCAGAGCCCCAGCUCCCCGCAGGGCCCUGCCCUCCUGGCCACAGACAAACGAAACUUGGAAAAGUUGGAGAUAUUUUUUAACCAGCUGUAGAAAUACGCCGUUCCCUGAGAACCUGCUGCCUGAUUCCCUGCAGCUUCUGUCUGCUCCCUUUCCAGCCCCCCUGGGGAUGAGGGAUGCUGGGGGAGGCUGCGAGAGAAACUCCGCAAGUUUGGGGUGAGGUGGGAACCAUGUAAAUAUGUGAGAUAUGUACACACUGGCGGGGAGAAGAAACAUUUUGUGCUUGGUUUUUAUUUUUGGUUUUCCGGGUUGCCCUCCAUCCCCAUCCUAAAGGAUUUUGUAUACCGACUAAUCUGAAAAAGAUAUUUUAAUAUGAUUUCCAGAUUUUGACCCAUCUCUAUUUAUUUUCUGGAUGUGUUUGGAGCUUCCCCCUUCUCCAUUUCUUGUUGUUUGUUACAGUUUGAAUUUAAAUUUUGUUAUUUUUAUUUUUGGAACAAUGUUCUGGUGCAUUCUCUUUGUAUCUUUAUUGCAAAAAAAAAAUGUAGACUGGGAAGUUCCCUUUAUAUUUAUGUUAUAGUAAAUAUUUUAUUACUCACAUAAACAUGUACCCCAG